CAUCAUCAUCUAACAACAAGACCUAAAGACACAAAACAAAACUCUCUGCCAUGACUCUUACUCGGUUUUUCGUCAGAAGGAUUCACCAGAAAAGUCUUACAAGAGUCGAAGUGAUCUCCAGAGAUAUCAUCAAACCAUCAUCUCCAACACCAAACCACUUAAAGAACUUCAAACUCUCUCUUCUAGAACAGCUCGGUCCAACGAUCUUCGGCCCCAUGGUGUUCUUCUACUCAGCUAACAACAGAAUCAAACCAACUCAACAACUUCAGAACCUCAAGAACUCCUUAUCCCAGACCCUAACUCACUUCUACCCGCUCGCUGGACGGCUUAACGGCAACAUAAGCAUCAACUGCAACGACUCUGGCGCCGACUUCCUUGAAGCGCAAGUUAACUCCCCGCUCUCAAACCUCCUCCAAGAUCCAUCUUCAGAGAUCUUAGACCAUCUGAUCCCCACAUCAGUCGAUUCAACAGAGGCAAGAACCAAGUUACUUCUCGCGCAAGCAACGUUCUUCAAAUGCGGAGGCAUGGCUAUAGGAGUCUGCGUCUCUCACAAACUCACCGACGCUACUUCCGUCGGCCUAUUCAUGAAGAGCUGGUCAGCAAUCUCUUCCCAAGGAUCGAUCCAAACCGUUGGAUCCCCUGUUUUCGACACUUGCAAGAUCUUCCCACCUGGUAACUUCUCAGAGUCCUCCCCUGCUCCGGUCGUCGAACCGGAGAUCAAGACGAACCAGACUCUUUCGAAGCGGUUCGUCUUCGAUUCUCGGAGCAUCGAAGCUCUCCAAGCGAGAGCUUCGAGCUUCGAAGUGACUCAACCCACAAGAGUCGAAGCUGUUUCGGCUCUUAUAUGGAAACUUGCGAUGAAAGCAACGAGAACCGUCUCGAGAACAUCGAAACCGUCGGUUCUCGCGAGCUCCGCUAGCUUACGCUCUCGCGUCUCUCCUCCCUUCACCAAGAACUCGAUCGGGAACCUCGUGAGCUACUUCGCGGCGAAAGCAGAUGAAGGAGAGAAACAGAGGAACCUCCAGAGUUUGGUCGCGGAGAUACGGAGAGCGAAACAGAGGUUUCGAGAUGAUCACAUACCGAAGCUUGUCGGAAACGGAGACGCGACGGAGGUCGUAUGUGACUACCAGAGAGAAGCGGGGGAUAUGAUCGCGAGCGGUGGUUUUGAUUUCUACAUCUUGACGAGCGCGUGCCGGUUCGGUUUGUAUGAGAUUGAUUUCGGUUGGGGUAAACCGGUUUGGUUUGCGUUUCCUUCGGUUAGACAGAAGAACAUCGUGGCGCUUCUUGACACGAAAGAAGGCGGCGGGAUUGAGGCUUGGGUGAAUUUGAAUGAGCAAGAGAUGAAGCUUUUUGAGGAGGAUAGAGAGUUGCUUGAUUUUGCUUCUGUGAAUCCUGGUGUCAUCCAGCCUUUUCUCCAUGUUCUCUGAUUAUUAUAUCCGGUUUAGUGAUGGAAACCGGAUCUGUUUGUUUGAAUUGGUUAUGUGUUGAGCCUUUGGAUUUUCGAUUUCAGUU